ACGAGAUUCACGCGAGGAUCCUACUUAUGCAACGGAUCAGGCUUUUUGUGAUCUUGGCCGAGGACGCGCGCACGCACAAACACGUCUCACCCCUAUGCGCGCUCUCGUCACUGCUGAGCCGACCCAUCGCCGUCCCUCGUCCAACGAUCGAACAUGAUUCAUCUCCCAGCGAACGCAGCCUUAUCCCGGGCCCGCAUUCCCCCACUUUGUACGUGAGCCACCGGCAUGCCAGCGCCCCGGCCGCCCUCUUCCAGGCCAAUACAAACCCCCGGCUCAAGAUCAGGAUGUACUUCAACCGGCGAUCGAAGAAGAUCCACAGCGAGGGAGAGCAGUUAGUGUUGACUCUCAUUAGGCAGGAGAAGUCUCCUGACCACCUGGACCCAGAGCUGAGCGUCGGCGUGGCCGCCAUGCGCUCCCGACUCGCUAACAGGUUUGAAAAAACCUCGCCUCUCUCCCAUCAAUCGAACGGUGCAGGAACCUCUUGUUCAUCCGCCGGCUACCGCAAGGCAGAUGAUGAGAUGUCCGGGACUACUUCGCAGGCAGAUCCCAUAGAUGCUACGGCGCGGACGAUUCUGCUAAACCAACCUCAGAACACCAAGUUCUGUGACAACCAUGUCAGUACCACUAAGUACGGGGUGUUUACCUUCCUGCCUCGUUUCCUAUACGAGCAGAUCCGCCGCGCUGCCAACGCCUUCUUCCUCUUCAUCGCCCUAAUGCAGCAAAUCCCUGAUGUGUCUCCUACGGGUCGUUACACCACCCUGGUACCACUCAUCUUCAUCCUCAGUGUGGCCGGGAUCAAAGAGAUCAUAGAGGACUAUCAAAGACACAAGGCAGACAACACAGUCAACAAUAAAAAGACCACAGUUCUGAGGAAUGGAGCCUGGCAGACCGUCAUAUGGAAACAGGUGGCAGUAGGAGACAUAGUGAAGGUGACCAAUGGGCAGCAUCUUCCAGCUGACAUGGUCAUAGUGUCCUCCAGUGAGCCUCAGGCCAUGUGUUACACUGAGACCUCCAACCUGGAUGGAGAAACCAACCUGAAGAUCAGACAGGGUCUCACUCACACAGCUGGUCUCCAGUCUCUGGAGGAGCUGAUGGGUCUCUCUGGCCGUCUGGAGUGUGAAGAGCCCAACCGACACCUGUAUGACUUCACUGGGACCCUACGGCUGGACAACCAAAAUGCGGUUCCUCUUGGUCCUGACCAGGUGCUACUGAGAGGUGCCCAGCUCAGAAACACACAAUGGGUUGUAGGAAUUAUAGUCUACACUGGACAUGACUCCAAACUGAUGCAGAACUCGACCAAGGCCCCUCUGAAGCGUUCUAACGUGGAGCGGGUGACCAACGUCCAGAUCCUGGUGCUGUUCUGCAUCCUCCUGGUGAUGGCGCUAGUGAGCUCUAUAGGAGCCUCCAUCUGGAACAAACAACACACUGAGGAGGCCUGCUGGUACCUGUCACGCGCCGGGGACAUCUCCACUAACUUUUGGUAUAACCUGCUGACCUUCAUCAUCCUCUACAACAACCUCAUCCCCAUCAGCCUGCUGGUCACUCUGGAGGUGGUCAAGUUCACACAGGCCCUCUUCAUCAACUGGGAUGAGGAGAUGUACUACUCUGAGACAGACACACCCGCCAUGGCUCGAACGUCCAAUCUCAACGAAGAACUGGGCCAGGUGAAGUAUCUGUUUUCUGAUAAGACAGGAACUCUCACCUGUAACGUCAUGCACUUCAAGAAGUGUACCAUCGCUGGAAUCACAUACGGCCACUUCCCUGACCUGGAUGUUGAUCGUUCCAUGGAGGACUUCAGUCCCCUGCCGUCCAGCAGUCUUAACUCCACAGAGUUUGAUGACCCCGCUCUCAUCCAGAACAUUGAGAAGAACCAUCCAACCUCUGCCCAAAUCUGUGAGUUCCUGACGAUGAUGGCGGUGUGUCACACAGUGGUCCCAGAGAGAGAGGAGGACCAGCUUAUCUACCAGGCCUCCUCGCCAGAUGAAGGAGCUCUGGUAAAAGGAGCCAAAGGUCUGGGCUUCGUUUUCACAGCAAGGACUCCUGGCUCCGUUAUCAUGGAAGCUAGGGGGAAGGAGAAGAGCUUUGAGUUGCUGAAUGUGCUGGAGUUUUCAAGUAACCGUAAGCGCAUGUCUGUAGUGGUCCGAACCCCCGAUGGGAAACUGCGUCUGUACUGCAAGGGAGCAGAUAAUGUGAUAUUUGAGCGUCUCACUGAUGCGUCUCAGUACAAAGAGCUGACCAUCGCACACCUGGAACAGUUCGCCACCGAGGGUCUGCGGACUCUGUGUUUUGCCUAUGUUGAUCUGGAGGAGGGGGUAUACCAGGAGUGGCUGAAGGAGUACACCCGUAUAAGCACUAUCAUUAAAGACCGGGCCCAGAAACUAGAGGACUGCUACGAACUACUGGAGAAGGACCUGUUGUUGUUGGGGGCCACAGCUAUAGAGGACCGUCUCCAGGCAGGGGUCCCUGAGACCAUCGCUACUCUGAUGAAGGCCGACAUCAAGAUAUGGGUCCUCACUGGAGACAAACAGGAGACCGCCAUCAACAUAGGUUACUCCUGUCGUCUAGUUUCCCAUGGCAUGUCCCUCAUCAUCGUCAAUGAGGAUUCACUGGAUGCUACACGUGCCACCCUGACAGCCCACUGUACAUCUCUGGGUGACUCUCUGGGGAAGGAGAAUGAGUUGGCUCUGAUCAUUGAUGGACAGACCCUAAAAUACGCCCUGUCCUUCGAGCUCCGCCAAGCCUUCCUAGACCUCGCCCUGUCCUGCAAGGCUGUCAUCUGCUGCCGGGUGUCUCCCCUCCAGAAGUCCGAGAUCGUGGACAUGGUGAAGAAGCAUGUAAAGGCCAUCACUCUGGCCAUAGGAGACGGGGCCAACGACGUGGGCAUGAUCCAGACUGCCCAUGUGGGGGUUGGCAUCAGUGGCAACGAGGGCAUGCAGGCCACCAACUCCUCUGACUACUCCAUAGCACAGUUUUCCUACCUAGAGAAGCUGUUGCUGGUCCAUGGGGCGUGGAGUUAUAACCGUGUCACUAAGUGUAUCCUCUACUGUUUCUAUAAGAAUGUGGUGCUCUACAUUAUAGAGCUGUGGUUUGCCUUUGUGAACGGCUUCUCUGGACAGAUCCUGUUUGAACGCUGGUGUAUCGGCCUCUACAACGUGAUCUUCACAGCGCUGCCUCCCUUCACUCUGGGGAUCUUUGACCGGCCAUGCAGUCAGCAGAACAUGCUACGCUUCCCCCAGCUAUACAGGAUCACCCAGAAUGCUGAGGGCUUCAACACCAAGGUGUUUUGGGGUCACUGUAUAAAUGCUCUGAUCCAUUCCAUUAUUCUCUUCUGGUUUCCACUCAAAGUACUAGAACAUGACAGUCCUUUCAACAACGGUCAUGGAACUGACUACCUGUUUGUGGGGAACAUGGUGUACACGUAUGUAGUAGUAACAGUGUGUUUAAAAGCUGGUAUGGAAACCACUGCGUGGACCAGGUUCUCCCACUUGGCAGUGUGGGGCAGUAUGAUUCUCUGGAUGCUGUUCUUCAAUGUCUACUCAGCUUUCUGGCCGGCCAUCCCCAUCGCUCCUGACAUGCAGGGCCAGGCUAGCAGAGUGAUGCAGUGCUGGCACUUCUGGCUGGGGCUGGUCCUGGUGCCAGCAGCCUGUCUACUCAAAGACUUUGCCUGGAACGCGGGUCGUCGCACUGUGAAGAAGUCUCUUCUGGAAGAGGUUCAGGAGCUGGAGGCCAGGGCUGUAGACCCGGGGGCUGCCGUGCUCCGAGACGCCAGCGGGCGCAGUCUGAACGAGCGUGCCCACCUGUUGACCCGGGUCUUUAGGAAAACACCCUCCAACGUGGGCCGCAAAAACUCUGUGCAGCAGAGCAACGUGUCUCAUGGCUAUGCCUUCUCCCAGGAGGAACAUGGGGUGGUGUCUCAGUCACAGGUGUGUCGAUCCUACGAUACCACCCGCCAACGGCCCAGCAUCUAGCCCCUCCCACUGCCCCACCGCCCCGCCCUCAGCCCACCUGGCUACGGGACGCUUGGCAACAGUUACCAAGGUGGCCACAACGGUUGCCAAGGCGACAGCGGAGACGACUAUGCUGAGUGACCGACCCUGCUGUGGCCUUACUGGAACUUAUACUGACUUUGACCUCUGACCUUGACCCCUGGAGAUCAUUGCUAAGCAUGGAGUCCCGUCUAUACUGUCCAACCUGGUCUCCGCUCUACACACACACACACACACACACACACACACACACACACACACACACACACACACACACUCCAGUGGGGAGAACAAAUAUUUGAUACACUGCCAAUUUUGCAGGUUUUCCUACUUACAAAGCAUGUAGAGGUCUGUCAUUUUUAUCAUAGGUACACUUCAACUGUGAGAGACAGAAUCUAAAACAAAAUCCAAAAAAUCACAUUAUAUGAUUUUUAAGUAGUUAAUUUGCAUUUUAUUGCAUGACAUAAGUAUUUGAUCACCUACCAACCAGUAAGAAUUCUGGCUCGCACAGACCUGUUAGUUUUUCUUUAAGAAGCCCUCCUGUUCUCCACUCAUUACCUGUAUUAACUACACCUGUUUGAACUCGUUACCUGUAUAAAAGACACCUGUCCACACACUCAAUCAAACAGACUCCAACCUCUCCACAAUGGCCAAGACCAGAAGGCUGUGUAAGGACAUCAGGGAUAAAAUUGCAAAAAAUUGAAAACCUGCAAAAUCGGCAGUGUAUCAUACUUGUUCUCCCCACUGUGUGUGUGUAUGUAUGUAUGUAUGUGUGUGUAUAUAUAUAUAUAUAUAUAUAUAUCUCUCACACACACACACACACACGCAGACACACAGGCAUUAGUAAUCACAACCACUCAAACUGACAGAAUAAAUCAACCACAGAGACUAAUGUGUAUCUAAUCAUAGCAUGGACUGGGUUUAGUUUAUGCACCUGUGCGUCUUUGUCCGUGUGCAUGGCUGUGCUUCUGUAUGUAUCUGCCCUCCUGUGUGUGUGUGUGUGUGCGCAUGCAUGUGCAUGCGUGCUGCUCGCGCGCGCGCGCGUGUGUGUGUGUGUGUGUGUGUGUGUGUGUGUCCGUGUCCACACUCCCUCACAUCUCACUCUCCUGAGCAGGGGUUUAACUCAUCCGUCAUCACCGUGGCCAUGGGAGAAAGGGAGGAAGAGGAGGGGGGGCACUUUAACAUAAACACCAAACACACACUGGCCUAGGAGGGAUUCCUCUCAGAGAGCUGAAGAGGGGGAUUGGAGAGAAGGAGGGGGCACCCUGUAAACCACCUCCAUCAGCUUCUGUAACUCUUAUUCUCCCUUUCACUACUUUUCUAUCUCUCUCUCACUCUUGUUCUCUCUGGAUCAGUGACCUCCUCGUCUCUCUCCCCCUCAUCUGCAGCACGUCUCCUCUUCCUGCUCGGUUGAAUCUAUUGUCCCUUGUAUUCCACCGCUGCUGUGAUUCCUGCGGUCCUGCCUGUCGCCCCAGGAGGCAGAGUUAGCAGCAGCCUGGCUUGUAGUGCUUCCUCUGUUUGUUGGGUUCUCAAUUAAUCUAUGGACUUAUUCUUUGUUGAAUAAAAUGGACUUGUGUCUCUGUCUUUUAAUGCCUGUGUUUGUUCUCCUUUUCUCUGGGCUAUACACUAUACUACCCACUAUAAUUUACCUGGAGUUAUAAUUGUCUUUUAAUGCCUGUGUUUGUUCUCCUUUUCUCUGGGCUAUACACUAUACUACCCACUAUAAUUUACCUGGAGUUAUACUUGAGGAUGUUAACUAAUAACAGGUGUGACAUAUAUACACUACCGUUCAAAAGUUUGGGGUCACUUAGAAAUGUCCUUGUUUUUGAAAGAGAGGCAACAUUUUUGACCAUUAAAAUAACAUCAAAUUGAUCAGAAAUACAGUGUAGAAAUUGUUAAUGUUGUAAAUGACUACUGUAGCUGGAAAUUGCUUUUUAAAUUGUAUUUAUGUAAUAUCUACAUAGGUGUACUGAGGCCCAUUAUCAGCAACCAUCACUCCUGUGUUCCAAUGGCAUGUUGUGUUAGCCUUUUAAAAUGAUAAACUUGGAUUAGCUAAUUGAUCAUUGAUCAUUAGAAAACCCUUUUGCAAUUAACAAGAAGCAAAGAACUUUCUUCUGAAACUCGUCAGUCUAUUCUUGUUCUGAGAAAUGAAGGCUAUUCCAUGUGAGAAAUUGCCAAGAAACUGAAGAUCUCAUACAACGCUGUGUAUUACUCUCUUCACAGAACAGCGCAAACUGGCUCUAACCAGAAUAGAAAGAGGAGUGGGAGCCCCCGGUGCCCAACCGAGCAAGAGGACAAGUACAUUAGUGUCUAGUUUGAGAAACAGAUGCCUCACGAGUCCUCAACUGGCAGCUUCAUUAAAUAGUACCCGCAAAACACCAGUCUCAACGUCAACAGUGAAGAGGCGACUCCUGGAUGCUGGCCUUCUAGGCAUAGUUGCAAAGAAAAAGCCAUAACUCAGACUGGCCAAUAGAAAUAAAAAGAUUAAGAUGGGCAAAAUAACACAGACACUGGACAGAGGAAGAUUGGAAAAAAGUGUUAUGGACAGACAAAUCUAAGUUUGAGGCGUUCGGAUCACAAAGAAGAACAUUUGUGAGACCGAAAAAAUUAAAAGAUCCUGGAGGAGUGCUUGACGCCAUCAGUCAAGCAUGGUGGAGGCAAUGUGAUGGUCUGGAGCUGCUUUGGUGGUGGUAAAGUGGGAGAUUUGUACAGGGUGAAAGGGAUCUUGAAGAAGGAAGGCUAUCACUCCAUUUUGCAAUUCCAUACCCUGUGGAUGGCGCCACUCCUACAACAGGACAAUGACCCAAAGCACAGCUCCAAACUAUGCAAGAACUAUUUAGGGAAGAAGCAGUCAGCCGGUAUUUUGUCUAUAAUGGAGUGGCCAGCACAGUCACCGGAUCUCAGCCCUAAUUGCUGCAAAUUGAGGAUUCUUUAACGAAAGCAAAGUUUGAAGGACACAAUUAUUAACCUAUAAUUAUAACCUUGUCAACAUCUUGACUAUAUUUCCUAAUCAUUUUGCAAAUCAUUUCAUGUAUAUUUUCAAGGAAAACAAGGACAUUUCAAAGUGACCCCAAACUUUUGAACGGUCGUGUACUUCAAUGGAAUUCCAGUUCAACUCCAUCGAUAAGCAGUAUUUUGGAAAGUCUGCAUAGAUAACAUUUCAAUAAAUAUUCUGUAGAA